AUGAUUGAUUUUGCAUCGCUACUAAUUUUUUGUGCAGUUAGUUUUGCUGCAUAUUAUUAUGUAAAUCGUGAAAAAAAUAGAGAAAAUGAUGAGCUAGCAAAGAAGCUUCCAGGAAUUAAUGGAUUGUCAUUAAUUCAGUCAUUUGAUUUGAUCCUUAAUACGCCAAGAAAAGAAUACAUUAACAAAGUUUUAAGUUAUGUCAAAGAUGAUGUGCCUAUGACUAGAGCUACAUUCUUUAAUCAAACACUUAUCUUGACAAAAGAUGCUGAUUUUAUUAAUAAAGUCUUCAAUUCACCUAAAACUUAUAACAAGCCUGACAUAUUCUACAAAGGAUUUAUGACAUCCAAAGGAUUAAUCACGUUAGCUGGAAGUGAACAUAAAAGACAUCGAAAAGUUCUCAACAAAGCAUUUACAUCCAAAAUGAUGCAACGACUUCCUGAAAUUUUUGAUGAAAAGGCGAAGAAAGUUAUUGGAAAUUUAAGUGAAGUUGAAGAUCGCGGUGAAUUUGAACUUUUAAACUAUAUUGGGCCAUUUUCAUUGGAAACUUUUGGCAAAAGCAAUUUAAAUUAUGAAAUUGAUUAUCAUCGAAGUGAAAUUUUGGAUGCAUAUGAACGCUACUCUUCGGUUGCUGUUGAUUUUCUACCUUAUUCUAUCAUUGGACUCAGCAAAAACAUUUUGUCGCCAACAAAGCUAGGAAGAAGAAUCAAAGAAGUGUUCCAAAAAUUUCACAUUUAUUUUGAUGAUGUUGUUAAAAUCAAUAAGGAGAAUGAAAACAACAAUAUGGUCGAAAAUACUGCAAUUGAUAUUUUACUAGAUCCAAAUAAUGAAUUUACAGAGGAAGAAGUAAGAGAUGAAUUGAUCAUGAUGAUGCUAGGGGCUUUCGAAACAUCCACAAGAAUAAUUUCAAUGGUCUUAAUGAUGGUCGGUAUGAACAAAGACGUACAACACAAGCUAGUAAAUGAGAUAGAAGAAGUCUACAAUGAGGAUAAGGAUGCAAAAUUCUCAGCUGAUUUUCUACAGAAAUUUCCAUACUUAGAAAUGGUUGUGAAAGAGACAAUGAGACUAUUUGCUGUAGUUCCUUUAGUAGCACGUGAAACAUCCGAUGAAGUUGAAAUCUGUGGUCAUGUCCUCCCAAAAGAUACAACAAUUCUCAUAUCAAUUUAUUCAAUGCAGAGAGAUGAAAAGUAUUGGGGAAGUGAUGCAGAUCAGUUCAGACCAGAACGGUUUGAGGAUGAAAUAAAGAAUCCUCAUGCAUGGGCACCAUUUACUGGCGGAAGUAGAAUCUGUAUUGGCUACCGCUACGCAACCAUGGCCAUGAAAAUUUUUCUCAUCAACUUUUUCCGAACGUAUCAAGUGAAUUGCUCUCAAAAGUUUGAUGAAAUUGAGACAGAAAUGACAAUGACAUUGAAUUUUUUGACUGGAUAUAAAGUUAGUAUUAAUAGAAAAUAGUAAAUUAGCUUUAAAAAAUUUAAAUUGUAGGUUAUUUACAGAAUUAGAAGUUUUAUUAAGUUUUUGAACUUGAGUAAUUUUUUUGAGAUUAAAUGAAGCAUUUUUAAAAAUCUUAAGAUCAUGAAAAGCAUUGAAAUUAGUAUUUUUGAAAUUAAGUAUCACACGAGCCUCAUUAGAUAGUAUUUUUGUCCUCAUCUCUAUCUUUUGCUGUCUUCUUUUUAUUAUAUUUAUUUUUUUUUGUGUAUUUGACAUAUGAAAAAUGGACUGAACAUAAUGGAAUGUAAAAAAG